AUUGUUUUACAAUUAUUUUGAACUAUCACAUAUUUCUUCUGAACAAAUUUCCGACUAUGGUCAAGUAAUAACAAUAUUAGUCAACGAGUCAACCACGACAUUAGAAUUCUCUUCUUGUAUUUAGUAUUAUUUGGUUUUAYAAUAAACUAUCGUAUUCUUCACCUCAAAUCUACUGUUCAUCGAGCAUGAGGUGUGCCAUAAGCAAUAGUAUAAAGAAACCAUAAACAAAUUAUUGCCCAUUGGCAAUCGGGUGAAGAUAUUUCUGCAGAUCAACUUUUAACAUUGGAAUACUAGAAAGUUUGUGAUAAAAUGAUGACUCAAAUGAAAUGGAGGUUUGAAAAAUUUUCAAAUAUUGCUGAUGAUUUUUAAUUCCUUGUUGGUCAUUCAUUGAAGAUCGAAGAUAUUGGCCCAGAAAUAUUUAACGAAAUAGAAUUUUUUGGUAUCAAGUAAAAKAAAUUCUACUAGAGUUACAAAACGGAACUGCUUUAAAUAUUUUAAAUGCAAUAAAAAAAUAUGAACUUGAUUCAACUUGUCCAUACUUAAUGAUUGUAUGCAGAUUGUUUCUUACCAUGCCUGUYACUGUCACUUCCAUGGAACGCUCUUUUAAUAAAUUGAAAUUAACUAAGACAUAUUUACGAUCAACCRUGUAAUAAUUAACCAAUUCAGCAGCAAUGUUGUCAAUUGAGAAUGAAAUAAAAAAAAAAAWCAAUGAUUUUGAAGACGUCAUUGAAGACUUUACUUCAAAACAGUCCAGGAAAAUUAAGUUUUAACUAAAUUGAAAAUGUACGRAUGUUGGACCGAUAUAAUUCCAAAAAAACGUCUUCUGGUACAUUAUAUUUAACAGCUACUCAUUUAAUAUUUUUUGAUACUGAAAAUAAUAAAGAAUCUUGGGUGCUAUUAAUGCAUAUAGGCAAUGUCGAAAAAUUGCCUAUUACAACUACUGGUUGUCCAAUUCUAAUAAGAUGCAAAACAUUCCUAUCAGUCACAUUUGUCAUACCAAAAGAAAGAGAUUCUCACAAUAUAUUCACGUCACUGCUUGUUCUCUGCCAACCUGCAAAAAUCGAAGAUGUUUACUGUUUUUUAUAUAAGUCAAAUUCUGAUAAGAUAUCAAAAAGUGCUGGUUGGGAUAGUUUUAAUCUAGAAAAAGAAUACCAAAGAAUGAAUGUACCAAAUGAAUCUUGGAGUCUUACUACAUUAAAUCAAGACUAUCAGUUGUGUGAUACUUACCCAAAGUUCCUUUUUGUUCCAUCGUCUGUGAGUACAUCCAUUUUAGUGGGCAGUUCUAAAUUUCGUAGCAAGGAACGGUUACCAGUACUUACAUACUUACACAGAAACAAGGCAUCUAUUUGCCGUUGUGCUCAACCAUUAUCUGGAUUUAAUGCCAGAUGUAUGGAAGAUGAGCAACUUCUCACAUGUAUACUAUACACAAAUCCAGGUAGCGAAUAUAUGCAUGUUGUUGAUACCAGACCAAAGAUAAAUGCCAUGGCAAAUCGAGCAACGGGGAAAGGUUAUGAAAAUGAAAACUUUUAUGAUAGCAUAAAAUUUAAUUUCUUAGGUAUAGAAAAUAUUCAUGUAAUGAGAAAUAGCUUGUCUAAAGUUGUAGAUUUAUGUGAACAACGAAAUCUAUCUAUGUCACAAUUUAUCGGAGGAUUAGACAGUAGUGGUUGGUUACGACAUAUAAAAACUAUUCUUGAUACAUCAGCUUUUAUAUGCCAAGCAGUUAAUAGUGGAAAGUCUGUUGUUGUCCAUUGUUCAGAUGGAUGGGAUCGAACAGCUCAAGUAUGUUCAUUGGCUUCUCUAAUGUUAGACCCAUAUUAUCGCACACUUCAAGGAUUCCAGGCGCUUAUUGAAAAAGAUUGGUUAGCGUUUGGUCACAAAUUUAGUGAUCGGUGUGGCCAUAUAGCUGGUGACUCUAAAGAAAUAUCCCCAGUAUUUACACAAUUUAUUGAAGCAACAUGGCAACUCACAAUGAUUCAACCUACYUCAUUUGAAUUCAACGAACGAUUUUUAUUAAUUUUACAYGACCAUGUAACAUCCUGUCAGUAUGGGACUUUUAUUGGAAAUUGUGAAAAAGAACGUGUUGAUCUCAAACUCAAGGAUCGUACAUUUUCUUUUUGGGGUUAUGUUGAAGAACAUAAAAAAGAAUUUUUAAAUCCUCUUUAUAGUGCUCAAACAGAAACCAUGAUCCCUGAUUUAUCACCUCAAAAUAUAAGAUUUUGGCGAGGAAUGUAUUGCCGUUUUGAAAAUGGAGUCCAUCCACGUGAGCAUGUAUAUGAUAUUUUACUUGCGACUAGUGAACAAACAAAAUCUAUUGAUGAUCACGUAAAAUUCCUACAAAAAAGAUUAUCAUAUUUUAAACGUAAAAUAACUGAUGGUGCAGACAUGGUCAGAAACAGUCUGUUCUCUAAAGAAAUAUGUAUAGAGCCCAUGAGCUACAAUAGAGAAGACAAUAUUAUACAAUCUAUGAAUGAUGCGUUUGAUGAUUUGACUGUUAUGGAGCCAAAACUGGAUGAAGCCCAUAAGGUGGCUAUUGAAUGGAAGAGUUUACGAGAAGCCGUUUCUUGUGAAUGUUCUACUGAUUCUUCUACAAAAAAAUAUCAUUGUUGGAAAUGUGGAAAUGUGUUUUGUACUCGUUGUAUAGAUAUGAAUGUUUCAUUACCUGGACACCUUAGUCAAGACCCUGUGCCUGUAUGUCAUGGAUGUCGUAAAAUUGUUUCAAGGUCAUCAACAGAAUCUUCUUAAGUUCGUUCUGUUAUUAUUAAACUAAUUAUUAUUYAAUUUUACUGACAUUUAGACCAGUUACAAAAUGUAUACUUAAAUCUGUAAAUAUAAGUACCUAUUCCAGUUAUAAAUUGUUUAUGUUACGAACAUAGCCUAAAUUAUCUUAUAAGUCUCAAAAUUUUUAAUUGUACCUAAUUUUUCUUUUUUAUAAAAAAUAAAAUCGAUCGCGCAAUACUGAAUAUAUCACACCAAAUAAUAUAUAUUAUUUAAAUAAAUGGUAUGUUAGCUUUAAUUAUAUUCUAAGC